AUUCUGUCGUCUGUUUCGUAUUUUGUUGCGAUUGUGCUUUUACAAUCAUUGUCAUAGUUUCCGAUAAUUAUGAUCAACAUUGUUGUUAGAGACAUUAUUUAGAUGUUCCUGGCUUUUGGAGAAUGGGGGGUGCCAUAGGAUACUACACACUGGUUGUGCUGGUGAGCUCAGCUGUGUUCUGUGGCUCAAGAGCUAAGUCAGUAUCAGUGGUUGUACAUCACGAAGAAACAUUUGCAAUAGCAGAUUUACACGAGGAUCAAUCAAUACUGGAAAGACUUUCAAGAGAAAGGCGAAGUCCCGACUGGGAUUCAGAUUGGGACGAAGAACACAAUAUAUACGCUAACAGGAUUGAGAACAAUCAGAACAUCUACGCAGACGGCCAUUCUCCAAAGGAGAGGAAGAGGAGAUCACCAGGUUGGUCUCCCGAUGAUUUUGAUGAUGAGUCUAACUGGGAAGUUAGCUAUACUACCCCUAGGCUACCUGUUCAGACAGCAGCAGCAGGCAGUGACGUUGAAAUACUGCCACCUAUAGGGGGCCCACCAAAAGAGGAAAAAGUGACCAUUGGGCAAAUCAUCACAUAUGCAGCAGCUCCAAUAGGUUUAAUCGCCAUGACAAUACUAAUAUACUGUUUCUACAGAUGUUGCAUUGCUAGGGAUUGUAUUUGCUGUGAGGCAGGGAAAAACAGGAUGCGACAACAGGGACAAAACAUGGUACAGGAUUAUGUUCCAGGUGCCCAAGUUGGCAAAGAUGGGAAGGUUGAGUUUGUAAAGCCAACUGAUGAGGAGAUGGAGGCACUGAAAGGUGCUGUGCGUGAACUUAUGUAGGACUGGAUUAUUUCGUAGGGUACAACACAGUGAACAAUGCAGUUUGAUGUUCUUUUACAUAUGGGGUUGGCAGCAACUGCAACAUCCAAUUCAUUUUUAAUCAAGGGGUCCUCACAGGACCUCACAGGACUUUUUCCUUGUAACAAAUUGACAGAAUUCAUAGUUUAACUACAUAAUAUCAUUAUCACUUUUAUUUCUUAUCCAUGUGAAGAAUAAUUAUAAAACUGUUGUUCAGAAUUGCAUAUGGUAUAAAUACAUGUAUCUACUAGCUUAGAGUAGACCAAAUCAUUGCAGAGUUGGGGACAUAACCAAAAUAUUCACUGUUAUAUAACAAUCAAAA